GAAGAAAAAGAAAAGGCGAUUAGAGCUAUAAGGACUGCGAGAAACCUCGGAAGGGAAGAGCAGUCCUCUUGCCCCCAACUCCCAAUGCUUACCCCUGCGCUGACACUUGGAUCACCUCUCUGGAGAUGAAGUAAACACUUGCACAGUCAGCGUCUGCUUCCCUGUGUGUGUAGAAGUGCCCUCGGAGACGGAGGCUGUCCAGGGAACCCCCAUGAAGCUGCGCUGCAUCUCCUGCAUGAAGAGGGAGGAGGUGGAGGCCACCACGGUGGUGGAGUGGUUCUACAGGCCCGAGGGCGGUAAAGAUUUUCUUAUCUACGAGUAUCGAAAUGGCCAUCAGGAGGUGGAGAGCCCCUUCCAAGGGCGCCUGCAGUGGAAUGGGAGCAAGGACCUGCAAGAUGUGUCCAUCACAGUGCUCAACGUCACUCUGAAUGACUCUGGCCUCUACACCUGCAACGUGUCUCGAGAGUUUGAGUUUGAGGCCCAUCGGCCUUUUGUGAAGACCACGCGGCUGAUUCCCCUCCGAGUCACUGAGGAGGCUGGGGAAGACUUCACUUCUGUGGUCUCAGAAAUCAUGAUGUACAUCCUUCUGGUCUUCCUUACCUUGUGGUUGCUCAUUGAGAUGAUAUAUUGCUAUAGAAAGGUCUCAAAGGCUGAAGAAGCAGCCCAAGAAAAUGCGUCUGACUACCUUGCCAUCCCUUCAGAGAACAAGGAGAACUCUGCAGUGCCUGUAGAGGAAUAGGAGUGACAUGACUUGAGGUGUCCUGGACACUAAGGGACUGGCUAUCCCAGGUUCCGUGAUGUCAGCAGCAUCAGGAAGGUGCCCCGUGGUCCCCAUUGCUUCCCUUCCUGCAUCCAUCCUUCUACUCAUUCAUCAUAUAUCCCCCCGCCUCUGAGCUUUCACCUCUGACUUCCUAACUCCGUCAGAACUCCACACACUAUGAGACUUUGCCAGAGCUGAGGAGCCAACAUAUCUACAAGGAGUCAACCUUGCCUAUCCUCGCUUUCAAGCCAGCUGCUCCAGUGCCAACUGGAUUUCUCCCUGUGCUCCAAAUAACUCCAUACCAAUGCUGGAGGUAGCAUUUCCCUCUUCCCCCAACUGGCUGGAACUGGCUCAUUCUCCAUUGCUUCAAGAGAAUGGAUGUCUUACUGGAAGAAGGAAGUUAUUAGUUUCAGUAAAAGCAAAAGCAUGUUAUGUACUUGGACUCUUUGAAGUCAGUUUUUUUCAAGUUUGUGGCCCACUUGACUAGAGCAUCAGAGAGAAGCAUGCCUCUCUAGGUUCUUCAGUGACAAAGAUCCUUAAACAUAGACUAAAAUUCUUUCUGGAGCUUAGUACUCCAGGACUAGAUCCCCCAUAGGUCUCUAAGGCCUGGAUUGCAUCCAGUCCUUCAAUGAAGCCAAGGACAAGAGUCUGGGGAAGGACCCAGGACAAUCUAAGUGGCUCUUAAAAUCCAUAUAACAUACUCCUGAUUUUGUUGGAAUGAUGUAUGUGUGCUCUUUCUGGGGAGCACACCACCUGGGCAUUGGGACUGAAAUUUCUGAGUUCUUCCUCUCCAAGUGUCUGUGGAUCAGUAUUAGUCCUCAUUUUAUAAGAGGCAACUGAGGCUCACACAGAGCUCAACCAUAUAAGAGAUUUAAGAGGACAAACUAUACAGAGAUAAGCUUUGGAUGCUGCCCAGUUUCCACUCCAAAGUAUGGAUUAUUCUGUUUUUGAAAAGAUUUUGACAUUGAGCUGGGCUGUAGCCAUGCCUUUUGUACAAGCACAGAUUUGAGGUGGAUGGUGCAGCUUAGGUUAACCUUGAUAGAUUCAGGGAACUAGAAACUGGCCAAGGAAGGAGACACAGAAGUACAUGAGAUAGACGGGAAGAAUUUUCCUAUAAAGAUGUGUGAAUCCGAUACAUCCCCAGGAGGAAAUCGCCUCUGAGAACAAUAUUCAAACUAAGAAAAAUACUUGUUAGUCUGAGAUGGAUGGAUGAACAAAGUGAUAAGGGAAAGAUGGGGAGGUGGCAUCCAAAUACCUCACCUAUGUAUGAAUCUGUACUUUUAGGUGUUUUCGUUUUCUCUUGGUUUUUGUCUUUUCUGAAUUUUGAGAGAGCAGAAAAAUGAUGGGAAAAUUGUGUCUCUUUUUUUUUUUUUUGUUAAUGUAGUGACUGGUCCAAGUGUCUAUGUGUGAUAUCCUUCACACCUAGUGCUAAGAGAGGGGGAGGUUUUAUGGGAUAUGAGAAGACGAAAGUGCUGGGAUUCCAGAAGAAGAAAGGCCCUCAAGUCUGGGGAAAUUGAUCUGAAAGCCUAUUCUCCAUUGGCUUUGGGCAUCACGUGACAAGCUCAUCAUCUCUUCCAUCCCUGUGGACGUACUUGAAAUAAGAUCCUUAACACAUAUGAAGAGUCUAAUGUGUUGAAGAAAACAUUUGCAAUAAAUUCAAGACCCUUCUUAUUGGUAAUUUGCCACACCACCUUUCUGAAGUAAAGGAGAUGAUAUAGAGCAUUUUUCUUAAUUGGGAAAAUGGACCUGAAUCAGUGGGAGGUUUACCCAAUCACAAGCCUGGUUGAUGGGGAGGUUGUAGCAGCAACGAGUCACUUCCUCCUACUCCACUUUCCCCUUGUUUCCAGUGGACCAUGCAUUUAAUUUGUAACCAAGUGGUAUGCAUGAUUGCAUUUUUCUUUAAAAAAAAACAACACUAGAUGUUUUCUAAAUUAUUUUUCAUGGACCGAAUGAUGCUGAUCAUUUAUUCUUCACAAGUUAUCUUCUUUGUUUCUUUUUAAAUAUUUUCAACACUUCUCAUCCUUGAUACCUUCGCAAGAGCUACCUGGCAUGCAAAAGCAUUUUCACUCCAUUUAUUUUAUUUCUUUUCCAUUUCUUCCAGUGAGGUGAAUGUUCUUAAGAGUCAGUGUUACCAAUGAAGAAAUGGAGGCUAUAAUGUUAAGUAGUUUUACUAGAUUAUCAGGUCACUUUGCUGAUCAGUGGAGGGCUAGAAUCCAGGUCCUCUGACUCCUCUUCCAGUUUACACCUCAGCUGCUUCUUUUCUUACUUUAAAACUCCCAUCCGACUCUGCCUCUCUUGCUUAUCCAGAUGUCUCCACCUUCUCUCCACCCUAAUCCCACUCUCCUACUUCUCUGCCACUUUGCUUCUUGGUAAAUACUACAAAUGUGCUUUGAGAGCCCAUUCCACCCUGGUUCUCCUUCUGGUUGGUUUGUAUAUCAUUAUUUCUCCAAAACUGCAAUUCAACUCCUUCCUGGGAGACUUGAUCUUGACUAUACAUCUAUAAGGUACUGUGAUCACCAGCGUGAAGUCUUCACCCACCUCCCUGUUUCUUCACGUAUUCCUAUACAAGAUCUUGGCUUAAAAGCGUGUAGCUCUGGAAGCUUUAUCUGGUAUGUUGUUACUUAUUAAAGGGCUUAGAAGAGUUUUCAAGGGCUAUAAUCACUUUAGAAACCCCAUUUGUUGUCUUGGUGCUGGAUGUUUCCCAUGACUAAUCCUCAGUAACACAAUUCACUAAAGGUCAAGCUAGGCUGAGUGUGAUUUUCCCUUUCUUACUGCUUAACAGCCAUGAACUUGAUUGCUCAACUCUAUAGGUCCUGGGAGCAGUUUGCCCUGUAGACCUUUACCACCAUCUAGGUUUUAUAUCAAAGCCCCAACCUCUGCAUGAAAAUACCUGGACAGUCAGUUCCCAUCCCUCUCCCAACCUUCAUUUUUAAUCUGUUUAACAGCAUUGUCUUUUGGUUUCUCUAUCCCCAAACAUCUGCACAUCCACACAUCCUUCUGAGUUUCUGGUUUCUCCUGAAUGUCGAACUGGAAAUAUUAGUAGAAAAGGAAUUUUCAAAUCAGAAAUAUGCUGGGAAGUGUGUAGAGCGGUGAACUCUUAAGAAGAGGAGAUAAGCCAAUUGUGGUGGCAUAUACUUGUAACCCCACCAUCUUGGGAGGCUGAGGCAGGAGGAUGGUGAGUUCAAAGCCAGCCUCAGCAAUGUGAGGUGUUAAGCAACUCAGUGAAUCCCUGUCCCUAAUACAAAAUAGGGCUGGGGAUGUGGCUCAGUGGUUGAGUUCAAUCCCUGGUACCAAAAAAUAAAAAAAGAGACACAGUGGAUCCCUCUCCUCCCGAGAACUACUACAUCAAAAAGCAAUAUAUGAGCUGGAUGCAGCAUUGUGUACCUGUAGUCCCAGCUACUGGGGUGGCUGAGGAUGGGGAGGGUCUUUUGAACCCAUGUGUAUAAGAUCAUCCUAGGCAAUAUAGUGAAACCCUGUCUCAAGUGGAGGGAAAAAUACAUCUAGAAUCUCUGAACCUACUUUACACAUCAGAGGGAAAAGUCUAUAAGAUUGCAUCAUUGCAAGAAACAAGGAGAAGCAAGAGCUAGACAUAUUUCAAAUGUUUUUGUUCCACUUUCCCAGUUUCACAUGGAAAUGGUAGAAGUGAGGGGCAGGGAAAAAAGCCCGUCUCAGCUCUUUUUGUAAAUGAGAAAACCCUAACUCAGUGAAUUCAUGUAGUCACUGAAAAUAUAUCCAGAUGGUUGAUGUGCUUGCUCACCAGUCUGAUAUCCACUCACUCUGCAUUUUCCAGCACCCACUGUGUUGAAUACUAGCCUUGACCCUAAACAGGCCUGAUGAUCUUAGACUUGAAAAAAGAGCAUCAUCUAAGUCUUACUUAAUCUCUAAAAGCUAAGGUGGUAUGUACCUCAUAUUUAGUUCAGCUCGCUUCCUCACUUGAUUUUAUAGAAGGUCCUAGCUGUUAAACAAGCCUGAGUUACAGGUCAGCCUCAACCUCUGUCAUAAGCCAGCUAAACUGCAGAGCCAGUAUUGCUCUGUCUUCUCCCUGUCACCACUGGGCAAGAACUGCAUCCACUGAGCAGUGUAUGUGAUAUGGAGGGAAGUUGCUGAAGGACAUGUGCCGGUAGGUUUGUGGAACACAAUUAGAAAACAGUCUCGGCACAGCGGGACUAUCUCCUACAUCAUCACCUUCAUAUGGCAUUUUCUUGAUUUUCCACAGCCAGUCUUUUUCUGAACUCUAGAAAAGUUGCUCCCGACACCACCCUAUCCCUCAACAACCUAAUGCCUAUUUGUAGUGUUUUUCAGUAAACUCUGUUAAACAAUGUCAAUAAAGUGUCUCUAAAAGCCA